GGCUAAAUGGUCUUACUUUUGUAGCAUUUGCACUGGUUUUAUCGUUUUGAUUUUCAUCCAAAAUGUCCUGGCUAAGUAGUAAUUUUACAGAUAGUCUAUCAAGUAUUUCGAAUUUCACUGGACAGAUUUCUUCCUUCACUCGUGAAAUGUUAACAGAAGGAACAGAGGAGGUCUCAGACCCUUCAGCAGAGCUUCAAGUUGCACAGGGUCGAAUAAAUGAGCUCGAAUCACAUAUUAUUACUCAAAAGGCCGAGUAUGAAAGACUGAGGCAAAGUAAUGAUGAACUUCAUGUGAGACUUGAAGCAGCAGAGCUUCAGACAAGCAGCAUAUCGAGGGAUUACAGGGCACAAUUGCACAGUAAAGAGGAAGAAUUAAUAAAAUUGAGAGAACUCAGAAGAUUUCAUGAGGAAAAUGGCCAUAAUCUUGGAGGUAGAGAGAGGCAUGACUCUACUGACAGUAUUGAAGAUUCCAUGGAGACAAAAAGAUUACAUAGUGAGAUCUCAAAACUGCAAGCUGAAUGCCAACACUGGAAAUCCAUAGCAAAUGGAGUGGAGAAUCAGGAUAGACUGCACAAAGAAAUAGAUCAGUAUCAACACGAAUUGACUGCACUGCAGAGUAGCUACUCACAAAAGAUUGCUAAUCUGAACAAAAAGCAUAAACAAGAAUUACAAAACUGGCAGGAUGAGAAAGAAGAAUUUUUACAAAGGAUUGAAGAGUUGGAAGAGAGCCCUCUUAAGUACAGUGAAACUGAGAGUUUUGGUUAUUUGGAGAAGGAUUUUGAUCAAACAAAUGACAAUACAGAUGUAGUGUUGUCUCUAAAGAAACAGUUAGCCACUGCAGAGGAGUUCAUUGCUGAACUUGAAAACCAGAUUAAAACUCAAGAGCAGCAGAUAAAUGCUUUGAAUAUCCAAGUCCAAGACAAAGAACAAGCUAUUUUCACAAUGCAAAAGGAUUUCACUGACUUGCAAACUAAACUGCAAGAUGCAGGUUCAGUGCAUGAUCAAGCUUUGUCUGACUAUGAAAGUAAAUUAAAUCUGAACAUGAGUAAUGUGGAAAAACUCCAAAAACAGCUGGAAGAUCAAAGGAACGAAAUGCUGGGUUUGAGAUCUGACUCUGAAGGCCUUUGUAAAUUACGAGAGGAGCUCAACUUUGUUGCGGCAGAAAAUGCAGAAUUAAAGAAACAUCUAAGCCAUAGCUAUGCGGAGGAGAGGAGACUUCAUCGCUCUGUGGAGGAGGUGAAGUCUGAGCUAGAACAACUCAGUUCUUCAACCAUGGAAUUAAUGGAAGAACUUCAGUUAUCUCAGGAUCUUCAACAAGAACAGAGCAUUGAACUGGAUAAUUUGAAGAAGGUGAAAUACAUCAAAGGAGAUGCCAAGAAAGAGAUGGGGAAAUUAAGGAAUGCUCUGGCUGCUCUGUGGGAGCGCCAUCUGUGCCUGGUGCAGCUUUACCAGCAGGUCAGACAUGAGUUGAACAACAGUAACACGAGGCUAUUGGCCGUGUUCCAGGCUCAACAUCUCAGCACUAACAGUGUCCGUGAUGACCUGAAAGUCCUUCAACAAAGACUGGAAGAUCGUAACCAGGCUAAACUGGAUCAUAUCGAGAAAGAGAAGGAAGCCAUGAUGAGCAAAUCAACGGAGCUUCGAGUUGCGGUAGAGGAAUUAGAAGGUGGUGUAAUGGACCUGCAAUCAGACAAUGAACAGGUGGCACAAGAAACGAAAUACUGUGUCACUGAGAUAGGAAGGCAACAGGGGAUUGAUGAAGAUGAAAGAAACGACAUUGUGAGAUCACUGAUGGCUGAGAAAGCUGUUUUGGAGAGCGCUAUUGUCGGGCUGCAGCAGAAGCUUCAAGAUCAACGAGAGUGUUUCGAUUCAACGCAGAAUAAGAUCAACGAGGGCGUCGAUGGUGUGGACAGCAGGUCAGGCUCGGCCGAGAGUGUGGCCAGUUUCACAGGUAGCACACCACGUGACCCUGAAUUAUCCAUUGAUAUGGGAGAUCUCAGGAGAAUUAGCGACACCUCCAUUGAGCCUGAGAUAAGGCAGGAAACUGAGGUAUUACAAGAAACUGCUGUCCUCUCAGGUAACGAGAUCGCAGUCAGCCAGGAAUUAGCGCUUUCUGAGCUGAAGCAACAGCUCCAAGAUUACCGACAGCAGUUGGAAGAGUUCGAAUUGGCCCAAAAGGAUUGGGAAGGAGAAAAGGAUGCUCUUGAAGGCCUGGUGUUGAGUCUUAGGCGCCAGGUAAAGGAGUUGCAAGUAUUCUUGGGUAACAGCCACGAUGAAGAGGAAAUUUCGCGACUUCGACAAGAAAACGAUCACAUCUCGUCAAAAAACAAGCAUCUUGUGGAGGCGUGGCAGAUGUUAGAGAAGGAGUUUGUCUCUCUUGACAUCAGUAGUUCAUCUGCAGGAAAUGAUUCUGAACUUGAUGGGGAUCGAAUGCAGUUACUACGUGAAGACCUGAAUAAAUGUGUAGAGAAGUUAAGAGAAGAUAACUCUCUUGUACGAGAACAGACAGAGCAACUUAUUCAACAAAUUGACGAAAAAACAUCUAUGCUAAAUGAUUUGCAAAGUAAGCUUGAGGCGAAAAAUGAUGAAGUUAAAAGCAUCUCUGAUGAAAAGAGAGAUUUGAUGAUGAUGAUCAACGAGCGAGACGAGAGAAUUUGUGAAAUUGAAGAAAGCUUUAAUAAUCAUUUGUUAGACUUGACCAGCUCAAAGGAUAAUGAGAUGAGCCUUCUUCAAACAGAGCAAGAAGAUUUGGUUAAACUCUUGGAAGAAACUCGACAAGAAUGCUCCUUACUCCGAGGCAAGAAUAACGAGUUGCUUGAUAUCAUGGGACAGAAUCAACAAAGUCAACUUGAAUCUACCGAGGAGAAAAAAGGUUUAGAGUUGUUAUUAACUGAAAAGGGCAAACAACUCGAGAACGUAAAAGAAGAAAGAGAAAAUUUCGAAAGAAUGGUUCAAGAAAAAGAAAAACGAAUUGAGUCACUUGUUGCUGAGAACAACAGUAUGUUGAUGGAAAAAGAAGUUCUGCAAAGUUUAAUUGAAGAAUACAAAGAGAAGGCAAAAGUUCAGGAAAAACAGACCACAGAGAGAUCUAACCUUGUAAAGGAAAUUGAGCAGCUAAAUCAUAAAAUUCAAAUGACCGAGGCCAGAUGUAGCGACCUGGAUGGAAAACAAAUGGUUCUUUUGCGAGAAAAAGAAAAUCUAGAACUCGAACUUCAACAGAGCGGUGCGAAGGUGGACAAACUUAAUUCUGAACUCAAAGAGACAUCUGCAGAGAUUGAAGUGUUGAAAGAAGAGAAGAGCAAGCUUGUUGUGGCGGCUGAAAGUCAUUUCAAGAGUUGUAAGGAGUUAGAGGAGAAAUUGUUGGUGAGCAUCGCAGAGAAGGAAGAAAUAUCGAAACAACUGGGAUUUAAAGACUUACAGGUCGAUAAGCUGGAACUUGAUCUAAGAGAAAAAGGGGCUGACAUAGAUCUGCUUAAGUUAGAUAUGGCAAAGUUGUCCAAAGCACUGAAAGAGAAGGAGCAGGUCAUUCAUACUCAAGUCGUAAAUGCUUCAAACGCUGGAGCGCAAGGCGUUGAUGAUGCAAUGUAUCGACAGGCGCAGCUUUUGAGGCUACUAGAGGAGAAAGAUCAGGAAAUAACAGCUCUGAAACAGAAGGACGCUUCUUUGAUUGAACUUGUGAAUCAAACGGAUCAGAACAAUCAUCAGGUACGAGAGGCAUAUGAAGGCAAGCUACAACAACUCAGGGAGGAGAGGGAUAGGUUGUUAGAUGACUUGAAUCUGCGUAAUGAAGAGCUAUUGACUUUUGAAGACAAACUUGACGCCAUGAGAGAGAAAAUGAAUAGUAAAGAUCAAGCUUCACACUUACUGCACAAUGAGCAUGCGCGACUGCUUGCUUUGAACGAGUCUCAAGCGAAUGAGAUGGGGAAACUGAGAGAGAGGAACUCAGCACUGCAGAAACUUGUUGAAGAGUACAAUAGGAGUAGAAGUAGUGAGUCGCAACGACUGCUCGAGGACAACGACCAGCUAAGACGUCAAAUACACGGGCUGCAAGUUGAACACGAAACUUUAACAACUCUUGUUCAGGAGAAAGACAAACAGAUUUCCACUCUAGCGCUGUUGGGGAGGACAGACUCUUCAGAACCAUCCCCACAAGGGAUGGAACCACAGUUGAGGAGACUUCGGGAAGAGAGAGCGGUGUUAUUACGAGAAAGAGACUCAGCAUUAAAAGAAAAAGAGCUGAAAGACUUUGAAAUAUCAAAGCUACAAGAAGAUCAGCUAUCUGCGAGUCAAACAUUUGAAGAGAAAUGUCAUUUAGCGGACAAAUUGCUGGCUGACAAUGAGGAUCUCUCUAGACAGUUGGUCAAUCUACGAUCAGAACUGAGUGAACUCUCCCUGGAAAAAUCAAAUUUAGCAAGGAGUGACAACAGAUUGAAAGAAUUAGAAGAACAGAUAAAUUCGUUUAGGAAUGUUGUAGAGUCCAAGGACAGAGAACUAAAACAAGUUCUAGAUAACAGUCGAAAUGAAAAAAGCUCCAUGUUAGUUAAACUAGAAAACGUCAAAAGCGAAAGAGACGAUAUUCUUGAGCAGAAAUAUCUUGAAACACGCGAGUUGAAAAACAAAAUUUUACAGCUUGUACGCUCGGUAACAGACUCUGAAAGCAAUGAGGAGGAAAAUGUUGACAACAUCGACAUUAAUUUUCAAUCAUUGCUUCAUACAGUAAAAAACCAACGGAACAGCGCUCUCAGGGAACGAGAUAAUGAAAUUCAAUCUUUGCGGGAACAGCUUUCGAACGUGACAUUGCUAAACAAAACCACUGAGACUCAUGGAUCAGAGUUAGAGCAUGUAUUGCGUGACAAAGAAGAGUUACACAGGAUGUUGUUACAGUCACGCAAUGAGAAGGAAGACUUGUUGCGCGAGAACGAGUCGACUGUAGCAGAAUUACAAGAUCAGAUCGUGAGUCUCAGUCGAGCGGUUAGCGAAAAGGACCGUUCAUCACAUCAAGACUUACAGCGGGUAAUCCAAGAGAAAGAACGUAUUGUAAAUGAGCUAGAGCAAGCACAGAGAGAUAGAGAAGAGGUUAGUAAUGCCAAAACACAACAGCAAGGUGAGAUAAACAGACUACAAGCUGAGCUGCACGAUCUUAAAGGUGUUCUUACUCAAGAGCGAGCGACCACUACCACUCUUCACAGAGAGGUGGAUCAAUACAAGAUGGCGAUGCAGGAGAAAGAGAGGAUUGUCAAGCACUUUACGGUUGAGAGGGAACAGCUACAGAGGACACAGGAGAAAUUGCAAUUCCGCAUUCAGCAACUUCAAGAGGAACUGACUGCUGCUAGUAGUGGACAGAAGGUGGCUGAAACUAAGAUGGCUCAGGAAUUGAACCGCCUCAGAAAUCACCUGGUACAGGUUGAAGAGAGCUACACACGCGAGGCCCUCGAGGCCGAGGAGCGAGAAAAGGACCUGAGGAUGAAGUUGGCUCGUGCAGAAGAACAGCUGUUGUCAAGUUCACAUUCCAUGCUGGACAGAGAUCGUCAAGCGUCUGUGCAGAUUGAAAGCCUCCAGGAACAGCUCCAGGCCAUAGCAGCUCAACGUGACCGUGCGGUCAUGGAUCUAGCCUCGGUUCAGGAGCAGGCACAUCAGUACCAGACCGCUCUCAACAACCUACAGCUUGUUCUUGAACAGUUCCAAAGAGAGCGCGAAUCUCAACUGAGAGCUACCCAAGAAGAGGCUCAGAAACGAGUUGAUGAUGCCUGGGCACAAGUUAAAGAGCUUCAGCAGAGAGAAAAUCAUCUGAAGAGUCAGCUAGAAAUGGCUGCUCGUAUAACGCAAGAAGUGGUGAACAUCCGAAACCAACUGAAAGCCAAAGAUGAGGAACUACUUCAUUCUAAGGAAGAGGUUACCCGACUGGAAGAAGAAUUACGUGUCGCUCAUGAGAGAAUCAACAGCCUAAACAGCUUGUCAGACGGCAAAGUUGAGAAAUCGCUGGUGAAAAACAUGCUGAUGGGAUAUUUUAAUACAUCGGAAAACAAACGAAUGGAUGUUGUACGAGUCAUUGGAGGUUUGCUUGGCUUCACACACGAGGAGCUGGAUAAGGUCGGGACUGGAUCCUCACCUCCCACAGGAUCAUGGAUCUCCAACUUAAUUCCGUUCGGUCCCAGUGCCCCCAAGACUCCCACAAGGACAACCGCCUCGGCAUCAAAGUCGUUUUCAGAGUUGUUUGUAAGUUUCCUGGAGAGUGAGUCUGAAGUGCCUCGUUCCAUUGGUGAGGCAAGCGGACGAGUGACCAAUCCUCUUCUGUCUGGUAUGACACCACAGCAAUCUACAGCUAGUCACGUGCCAAGAGGACUACCAAUGGCAACUUCGACUCCUAUUGGUACCCCAUCCAGAGGUAAUGCACCUCCCCUCCCACAGUCUGCUGUGUCACGUCCUACUUUUUCAGCACCCGGCGAGGGUGUAACGAGAGCUAAUACGUCAGUGACCAGUGGGAACCCUGUGCUUGUGGGUUCACUCCCACCCGUCCAAGCUAAUUCGUCAGGCACCAAUGGGAACCCUUUACUUGUGGGCUCACUCACACCUGUACAAAAUCUGCCAGCCCUCAGUGGGUCCAGCUCUUUACGGACCCUACUUGAGGGACGGACGUAGUAUAAUGAAGUCGCCGCACAAUAACGUCACAGCGUCGCUAUUCUUAAAAUCCGCUGAUACGAGACGUGCGGGCCUUUAAAAUGAGUCGAGUUGACUACAAGUCUUCUGAAACCACUCUAAUUAGAUAUUAAUCCCUACGUUAAACCAUAUUUCCGACAAAUCUAGGACCUCUUGGUCGAGAAAGAAUAAUUAAUUAUACAUUUAGUUUUUAGGUAGCGUAUUGAAUCUACAUUCUGAGAAUGCCUAUUGGGUUUUCCCAGUUUCGAGUUCAAUAAUCAAAAUAAAAAAAGA